AUGAUGAGAAUAGCCAUCGCCGGGGCCGGAGGUCUCGCAGCCAUCCUCACCCGCCACAUCACGCAGACGGCCAACCCUGUGAUAGUCCUUUCUAGAGAUUCAAGACCGGACUGGGAGCAACGCUACGACUGCCAAGUCGCAGUCGUUAACUACGAUGACGCCGAAAACCUCAGAUUCGCCCUCCAGGGCAUCGAUCUCGUCAUCUCAACGAUCCGCGGCCAUGAGCAGAUCAAACUGAUACAUGCCGCCCGCCAUGUCCGCGUGCGCCUGUUCGUCCCGGCAGAGUUCGAAGGCUCGAUUUCUCACAGACCGUCUGAUGACGACCCCCUGGACUACGGGUCAUCCGAGGCCAUCGAGCUGUUGAAACACUGCGCCGGCUCCAAGUCCCGCAAGAUGGACUACACGGUCUUCUCCUGCGGCAUCCUUUACGAACACUUCGCCCCUGGUGGGUUAGCGGACUACGGCAUGGGGGACCGAGCCUGCAUAGGCAGCCCCGGAGCCUAUCUUGUCGACGUCGGGAACGCCACGGCCGAUAUCGUCGAGACAAAUUCGUCCGGACGGCCGGUUCAGGUAUGCAUGACUUCGGUGGAAGACGUAGGUCGCUUUGUCGCCGCGGCCAUCGAGCUUGGCCCCGGCACCUGGCCUCGGGAGUUCAAGAUGCGCGGCGACAGGAUGUCGGUUCGGGACAUAUUCGCCAAGUGUUGCAACGUCAGAGGAGUCUCAUUUACCCUGAGGACUCGGGACUGCUCUAAACUCCAGAGCGAACUCGCACAUUACGAAUCGAGGCAGAACUGGACCCAGUGGUGGAACGUCCAACGCCUGAUCGCCACCGCCGACGGACGGUACGACUUCCGCCAAGCUAAUCUCAACGACGCCGUCGACUUUCGGCCGGUCGGGUUCAGGACAUGGUUGGAGUCACAGUGGGGGCGAUGA